GGCGCUUUCACGGUAGUUCAGCCCCGCUUGCCUGUGUGUGGCAACCGGGCUAAACUGGACAACUGAGGGGGAAACGCGAGAUGGUGGAGCGCACCAUGUUACGCUUUUAAAGAAUCUCCUUUUUCCCCCACCUUUUUUUUUUUUUUUUUAACACGGAAGGAGCUGUUUCGGAGUCGUAUUUUCGCCGCUCUUUCAGGGAUUACGGCGGCCAAAUUCCUGGGAGGUUCGCGGCGGAGGCUUGACGAGGAGAAAAGUAGUUUUGUUGGAGCUCCGACCGCAUCGCCGUCUUCUUUUUGCCCGCUGCUCCCCCCAAUGUGGCCGGGUGCGCUCCGGAGACAGGAUGCUCCGCCACGCCGUCGUUGGGACGGAUUAAACGAGUGGAUUGUAGCCCCUUCUCUUCCUCGGUGACGGGCUAUUCAGCAACUACACCGACAACAAGCUCCUCGGCCGCCUGCUCUUUUCAACCAUUUGGCCAAAGGACCUGCAGAAAUAAACAAAGGGUGGAUUUCAAGAUGUAUCCGCAAGGCCGACAUCCGGCUCCUCAUCAGCCCGGCCAGCCCGGCUUCAAAUUCACCGUAGCGGAGUCGUGUGACCGAAUUAAAGAUGAAUUCCAGUUCCUCCAAGCCCAGUAUCACAGUCUUAAGGUGGAGUACGACAAACUGGCCAAUGAGAAGACGGAGAUGCAGCGCCACUACGUCAUGUACUACGAGAUGUCUUACGGACUCAACAUUGAGAUGCACAAACAGACGGAGAUUGCCAAGCGACUCAACGCCAUUUUAGCGCAAAUUAUGCCUUUCCUGUCGCAAGAGCACCAACAGCAGGUUGCUCAGGCAGUGGAGCGGGCAAAGCAGGUCACUAUGACUGAGCUGAAUGCCAUCAUCGGGGUACGUGGACUUCCCAAUCUGCCUCUCACCCAGCAGCAGCUCCAGGCGCAGCACCUCUCGCACGCCGCCCACGGGCCCCCGGUCCAGCUGCCCCCGCAUCCCUCCGGCCUGCAAGCUCCCGGCAUCCCGCCCGUUACGGGCUCGGGUUCGGGCCUGCUUGCGCUGGGAGCCCUGGGCGGCCAAGCCCACCUUCCGGUGAAGGAUGAGAAGAACCACCAUGAUCUGGAACACAGAGAGAGCACGGUGAGUGUGAAAAAUAACUCAAUAUCGCCAUCCGAAAGCUUACGCACGGCCAGCGAGAAGCAUCGCAGCUCCUCCGACUACAGUUUGGACUCCAAGAAGCGCAAAGUGGAGGAGAAGGAUAGCAUGAGCAGAUAUGACAGCGAUGGAGAAAAAAGUGACGACCUGGUGGUAGAUGUUUCGAAUGAGGAUCCCGCCACGCCUCGGGCCAGCCCAGCGCACUCGCCGCCCGAGAAUGGUAUUGAUAAGCCCCGCCCCCCCAAGAAGGACACACCCAACAGCCCCGCAUCAGUUGCGUCCUCUGGAAGCACGCCAUCGUCCAAGGCCAAGGAGCUCAGUCAUAAUGACAAAUCCUCCACGCCUGGCCUCAAGUCCAACACCCCCACCCCGCGCAAUGAAGCCCCCACCCCUGGCACCAGCUCCACUCCUGGGCUCAGACCCAUCCUGGGCAAACCACCAGGCAUGGAUGCUCUCGCGGCCCCGGCCUUGCGUACGCCGCUGUCCAUCGCGGGCUCCUACCCGACACCCUUUGCCAUGAUGGGUCAUCACGAAAUGAACGGAGGCCUGACGAGUCCCGGCGUCUAUGCCGGUCUGCAUAUUUCCCCUCAGAUGAGCGUCGCGGCCGCUGCGGCUUACGGACGCUCCCCCAUGGGCUUUGAUCCUCACACCCACAUGCGAGCCCCAGGACUUCAAUCGAGCCUCACGUCCAUCUCGGGAGGCAAGCCCGCUUAUUCCUUCCACGUGAGCGCCGAUGGCCAGAUGCAGCCCGUGCCUUUCCCGCCCGACGCUCUGAUCGGGCCUGGAAUCCCGCGCCACGCCCGUCAGAUCAACACGCUGAGUCACGGCGAGGUGGUGUGCGCCGUAACCAUUAGCAACCCCACACGCCACGUCUACACGGGCGGCAAAGGCUGCGUGAAGAUCUGGGACAUCAGCCAACCGGGCAGCAAGAGUCCCGUGUCCCAACUGGACUGUCUGAACAGGGAUAACUACAUCCGCUCGUGUAAGCUGCUGCCCGAUGGCCGCACAUUGAUCGUGGGAGGCGAGGCCAGCACGCUGACCAUCUGGGAUCUGGCCUCUCAGACGCCACGCAUCAAAGCUGAGCUCACCUCCUCCGCGCCGGCGUGCUACGCCUUGGCCAUCAGCCCCGACGCCAAAGUCUGCUUCUCCUGCUGCAGCGACGGAAAUAUCGCCGUGUGGGAUCUCCACAAUCAGACGCUCGUCAGGCAGUUCCAAGGUCACACAGACGGCGCGAGCUGCAUCGACAUCUCCCACGACGGCACCAAACUGUGGACGGGUGGCCUGGACAACACGGUGCGCUCGUGGGAUCUGAGGGAGGGUCGCCAGCUGCAGCAGCACGACUUCACCUCGCAGAUCUUCUCGCUGGGCUACUGCCCGACGGGCGAGUGGCUGGCCGUGGGCAUGGAAAGCAGCAACGUGGAAGUGCUGCACCACUCCAAACCAGACAAGUAUCAGCUGCACCUGCACGAGAGCUGCGUGCUCUCCCUCAAGUUUGCCUACUGUGGGAAAUGGUUUGUUAGCACCGGGAAGGACAACCUGCUGAACGCUUGGAGGACUCCCUACGGCGCCAGCAUAUUCCAGUCCAAGGAAUCCUCGUCCGUCCUGAGCUGCGACAUCUCCACGGAUGACAAGUACAUUGUGACGGGCUCUGGUGACAAGAAGGCCACGGUGUACGAGGUGAUCUACUGAAAACUUUGUCGGCCAGCACGCUCGCGCUGAGGACGGCUGCGCUUCUCCUCCGUGGACUUCUCACAGACAGCAUGGAUGUUGCCUGCAGCCCCCUCAUGGAGGUUUGGCAGUGCCAGACUGAGGUGGAUGGGUUUUUUUUUUUGGCCCCCGGAUGUUGUGACCUUCGGCUCUGCACUUCCUCACUCAUCCAACUAACACUUGUACAGCGAGAGCAGUCCCCAAAGGCACUAAGAAGAAAAUGUUUUGCAGGUUUUUUUUUUGUUGCUUUGUUUCUCGGAUAUUUCUUCUUUUUAUUUGAAUGUGGAAAUAACGUUCCAUGACACAACUAGAAGCGGCGCUUCGCUCUGGAGUUUCUCGUCGGAGGUCCUGUGAAAAGUGUACAUAAUGGAGUUUAAAAAAAAAAAAAAAAAAAAAAAAAAAAAACAGAAGGCCUUUUUAUAGAUUUAUAUUUUGGUGUCCAAUUACGCUUGUGAUGGUUCUUUCUUGUUCUCUGUGAUUUUCUGUCCCCUCUGGGAAUGAAAAUUAGAUUAGGACUUUGUAAGAGGAUCUUCUAUUUCCUUUCCUCCCCCUCACAAUGGUUAUUAUGCUGGAUGACCUUUACAAAAAUCUAAUUUGGAUUUUUUUUUUGCCCCCUCUCCCUGAAAAAUAAGCCACUGGAAUUCGCUUUAACACGGUCAAGCGGUGGAUUUUAGCAGUGGAUGAUUUGAGAAAUCAUAUUGUCAGACUGGGAGGAGCGAGCGAGUCUGUGCUACUUCUGCUUCUACUCUGGAAGGAAAAAGCAAGUUGCCGAAGACCUCACUGUGGCCGCUUUCAAGAACAUUCAAAUGGAUUAGGAGCUACUGAUUUCCAGCCUGUUGAUGUGCCGCUUCACUGCCUCAUCAGUUUCUCGCUGGUGUUUGUGACUGAAAUGCAAGUUGGCAAGUAAACAUCAUCAGCACAUCUUGCGUAUGCUCUUUGCUUUCCUCGCGAUUGCGUAAACCACAACCUGCUCGUAGAGGAGAAUUGUCACUUGGUAAACACAUCUGACUCGCAUUCAUGUCAUGAGGAUUGUACAGUUGGCAGUUGUUGAUGAGUCAAUAAACUGUUUUUGUAUAAAAAAGAAA